CAAAUAAUCCACUCUUCAUGUAACUCUUAGCCUCCUUAGUUGGGUGUCUAUUGAUCUUCCCCAGCUAACAAAGCGCUACUUUCAAGACCCGUCUCCCCACCUCAAGUGCUCAAUUGGCCAACGUAACAUGGCGCGCCGUCGAGCUCAGCCUGGGAUUCCGUGGUGGGUCGCUGUGCCAGCCUUUGUGCUCUGCUGUCCGGUUUGGAUGCCCAUCUGGGUCUGCUUCAAAACGACCGCCUGUUGCCGCGAUUGCCAACGGGCUGCCUCAAGGAAAUGCUCAGAUGUCCGCCGUGCUCGCCAACGAACCAAAUUCGAGCGUCUCGUUUGGGAAAGCAAGUUGCCGCCGUCCCAACCCAUCAUUCGCGAUGAUGCGCAACCCGUGACAUUGGCCUCCAAAACGUCGUUUUUACACUUGCCACUGGAGAUUCGCUCGUACAUAUACGAGCUUGCACUUGGCGGCCCAGCAAUUGUUCAGCCCAAGUUCAAAGCCUCGAUGCGCGGCUCACGUCCGACGACCUGGCAACUAGCACAGCAUAUUCGUGACGACGAAGAACUCCCGAGCUCCGCACUGUGUCGCAUUAUCACUACGGGUGGAUCAGGCCUAUCACAAAUCAUCACGAUAAGAGAUCACAGCUGCAGGGCAGGUUAUUUAAUUCCCGCCAUGAUUUAUGACGGCAGUCGGUUGGAUACAACGCAGGGUUACAUUCUACGGGUGAUGGGCCAACCAGUGGCGCCACAUAUCCGUGCGAUGCUCACCUGCCGCAAGGUUUACGACGACGUUCUGCACAGGCUGUACGCAGAUAGUACCAUCUCAUUGUUCGGCGCCGAGAUGGUGCACUACUUCACUCGGAACGCGAGUCCGGAGGGUUUGCGGCGGGUGCGUUACGUUCAUGUGGCUCUGGUCAUUGCAUCGAAACAAUGGGAGACGGCAAAGAGCAAGAGUGCUGUCGAGACUGCAUUGUGCAGCAUCAGUGAGACGUUCACCGGCUUACGAGAGCUUGACGUCGAGAUAGUGCUGAUGUGGAGUCAGCCCAACAAGCCGCACCAGUUCUGGACCUGGCUUAAGGAUGAGUUGUCUCGACACUCGCGAGGCCUCGACAAAUUUGUGAUGAAGAUAGCAGUCUACCGUUCUGGACAACCCCGACGGGAUACAGAUGUGCCCAGAUUUGAACGCCUGAAGGGUUGGGAUGAAAACGAGUAUUCGGCACUGAAAGCGGCAGUGACUAGUCCAGUCGCAAUAACUUGAAUUAUUAAACACCACUUGUAUAGUAGAUAGUCGCAUAAAACGUCGCCUAGAAAUCAAAGGCGUUUCUUUAUUCAUACGAUACCACAUUGAAAGUAAGGCAAGGUAGGUAGU